UAGUGAUGAUAACGCGCGCCCGAGGUGAUACCGCGCGCAUUGGAAACGGUGCUGGACCGGAGAGAAAAUAAUGCAUAACAGUUCACGCACCGACUGCUGCGUUGGCCACCGCCGGGUAAUAAGCUUCGGGUAUCGCGGCGUGAAUCGGGCAACGACGGUCUAGGAUCGCGCACACGCCGCGGUCCGCGGAAACCGUUCGUCGAUAUCCAGCACUCACGGGGCAACCGUGGCCAGUCCGAAGACCUGUUGACACAUCGUUCCGGACGGGAGAUGGUCGUCGCUUGACGAAACUCGCGUGUCCUGCUCGCCGACAUGGUGACCGUCCAGAAUCAAUAAUCAUUGGAGGAUGAGGCAACAAGGCUGGCUGCGCAUCUUAGCGUUUCUAGCAUUUUCGUGGGUAGCGUUUUUAUUGGUAACUGUUAAACUAGUGCGACAGCAAGAUAACACUGAUGGAGACUCAUCUCAAAGACUGGCCAAGGCAAUACGUGAACUUGAUAAAUUACAUAAAAGCAAUGCUGAGCUUAGUGCUUUAGUGAUGGAUUUGAAUGACAAUCCAAGAAUAGAUAAUAAGAAAGUUCUUCUAACUUACAUACAAAAUUCUAAAGGAGGUGGACUGAAUAGUCCAUCUGAAGAGUAUGAACUUUUACGUCGUCGUAUAUUUUCUAACACCAAAGAGCUUUGGUACUAUGCCAAUUCUGAAUUACAAUCAUUGGAAAAAGAGGCUGAUAAUGGAGAUCGUAUAGCAAAAAUAAGAAAAAAUAUUGGUGAACAUUAUAUGUCUUUAUUAAAAGAUGUGACAAAUUUAGCUGAAAUUGAUGGUCAUUCACAAUGGAGACAACAGGAAUCUGAAAAUUUAAGUAAUUUAGUUCAAAAAAGAUUAAAACACUUACAAAAUCCAUUUGAUUGUGCAAAAGCAAGAAAACUAGUUUGUGACCUAAAUAAGGGUUGUGGAUAUGGUUGUCAACUGCAUCACGUUGUUUAUUGUUUUAUUGUUGCAUAUGCUACCGAAAGAACAUUAAUUUUAAGAUCUAAAGGUUGGAGGUAUUCUAAAGGAGGAUGGCAAGAUGUAUUCUUACCAUUGAGUGAUACAUGUCUUUUGCCAAAUGGUGAAACAACCAAUAGGUGGCCAGGUCAUCGGAAUACUCAAGUUAUUACGUUACCUAUAAUUGACUCAAUCAAUCCAAGACCACCUUUUCUUCCUCUUGCAUUACCUGAAGAUUUGGCUCCUCGGUUAAAUAUCUUACAUGGAGAUCCUGUUGUGUGGUGGAUAGGCCAGUUUCUGAAAUAUAUGCUCCGGCCUCAACCAGCAACUAGUAACAAAUUAAAUGAAUACGCUAAAAAAGUUAAUUUUCAAAAACCAAUCGUUGGAGUGCAUAUUAGAAGAACUGACAAAGUUGGUACAGAAGCUGCAUUCCAUAAACUAGAUGAAUAUAUGAUACACGUUGAAGAAUAUUAUAAGUAUAAAGAACUAAGCGAUAAAGUUGACAAAAAACGAGUUUACUUAGCUACAGAUGAACCAAAAUUGUUUUCUGAAGCUAAACGCAAAUAUCCUGAGUAUGAAAUUAUUGGCGAUGAAGAUAUAUCUAAAACAGCAUCCAUCAGUAAACGCUAUUCUGAUCAAUCACUUAGUGGAAUCAUUACAGACAUCCAUUUUUUGUCACUUAGUGACUACUUAGUUUGUACAUUUUCAUCUCAGGUUUGUCGAGUGGCUUAUGAGAUAAUGAAUAGUCUUCAUCCUGAUGCAUCAACUAUGUACACCUCAUUAGACGACAUAUACUACUAUGGUGGUCAAAAACGUAGACUUCAUACAGCUGUACUACCUCAUCGAGCCAAUGGUCCACAUGAAAUAAAUUUACAAGUUGGUGAUGAUAUCGCAAUUGCCGGUAAUCAUUGGGAUGGUUACUCAAAAGGAACAAAUUUAAGAACAAAAGAAAGUGGUCUAUACCCUACAUUUAAGGUUUCACCAAAAAUUGAAACUGCACGGUUUGCCAGUUAUCCAGAUGUAACAUUAAGCGCCAAUGAAUUACAAGAAAAAAAAAGAUAACCGAGUUACUACUUAUAUUUAUAUAUAUAAUAAUUGGUAGCAGUCAUGCACUAAUAAUAAUAGCCUAAGCUCUAAAAAAUGUUACAUGACCAGACACCAGACAGUAAUUAAUACAUUAUAAAUAUACAUAUAUUAUAUAGAAUCUAAGCCAGCAUGCCCUAAGGAAGUGAGAAAAGUAUUACACAUAAACUAAAAGGGCUCUAUACAUAUUUUUAAGCAGUGCCUAAAUUGUCUUUAAAUUUGAUAAUAAUAUCAAAAGUUCAAAACAUUC